AUGUGUAUGUCCGGCAAAGAAACUCAGGAAGCUCUGUUGGCUGGUUUUAGAGGGGUUUUGGUUUCUCUCCAAGCUACGGAUAGCAUGGAUAACUUAGAGCAGCUGAUUAAUUUGAACGGCGGAGAGGGUCAGAUAUACACGAUGGAGGGACCCCUUUGUCUUAAAAGUGUCCAGUCUAUGUUUGGUAAGCUGAUUGACCAGGCAUACUCUCCCUUCCAUGCGGUGCUGCGCUGUGGGAACCUGACCUCUGAUGUGCAGGUCUUUCCCAGGCCAGAGCCAGUGACGAUAGAUGAGGAAGUGGAUCCCAUACCCAAAACAGUGCAAACAGACUUGGAGAUUGUGGGUUUUAUUGAGAUUGGAGAUAUCGCCAGCCCUCCGGUUUUAUCCAGGCACUUGGUCCUGCCCAUUGCUGUGAACAAAGAGGGGGAUGAGAUCGGUACGGGGGCCACUGAUGACACAGAGGAAGAGAUCUCCACAAAUCAGAUGGCUGGAAAGAGCCCAAACUUCUGUGUUCUUCUACAUGGCAGCCUAAAGGUGGAGGGCAUGGUGGCACUUGUACAACUAGGGCCAGACUGGCUCGGGAUGCUUUAUUCCCAGGCAGACAGUAAGAAGAAGUCUAAUCUAAUGAUGUCACUCUUUGAGCCCGGCUCAGAGCCUCUGCCCUGGUUGGGCAGAAUGUCACAGCUUGGCCCUGCCUCAGAUGCAGCUGAAAAUCCCUAUGGCGAAGAUGACAGUAAAAGUCCUUUUCCCAUACAGCCGAAAAACAAAAGAAGCUAUGCUCAGAAUGUUACUGUCUGGAUUAAAGCCAGUGGACUGCAGACAGAUGUACAGAAAAUUCUCCGUAAUGCAAGGAAAUUGCCAGAAAAAACACAAACCUUCUAUAAGGAACUAAACCGUCUGCGAAAGGCCGCUCUCGCCUUUGGUUUCUGGGAGCUUCUUAAGAGUGUGGCUGAACUUUUGGAGAGGGAGUGUACACUGCUGCCUGACUCUGCCCAUCCUGAUGCCGCCUUCCAGCUCUCACAUGCUGCCCAGCAGCUUAAACUGGCUAGUAGUGGAGACUCCAAGUAUGCGACCUAUGAACACAACAUUACCCCCAUGCUCACUGAUUUCUCAGGGGGAGGAGGAGCCGACAGAAUAUAGAGGAUGGAGGUACAACGCUCAAUGGACAACUACCAGAUCACUUAUAGAGGAAUGAACCUUUAUUUAAAAACUCAAUGUGAAAUAUUUGUCCGAGGGAAAUGAGUUACUGCAGCAGAAUCACACAAAUGUGGCAUCUUCCCAUGUUCUAGUAGUGCCACAAAUGUUUGGUGAUAGAGAUAAAAUGAGAGAAAACCUUUGUGACAUACAUUAUGAUACUGAACACUCAAUUUGAGGAAAAAAAAACAUUCAGCAGUUUUCCAAGAAAAUGCAUUUGGAGACUUUGGAAUCUGUUUUCAGACCAACAACUGUUUAUGUAAAUAACUUUUUCUAAUGACCAAUAAAAAUUAAACUGCCUGUAGUUUAUGCCUAA